AUGAAUCAUUCGGUUGGAGAUGGAAGUUCCUUCUGGCAUUUCUUUAACUCUUUGUCCGAGAUCUUCAAUUCACAAGGAGAAACCAUUGAUAAUAACAACAACAAUAACUACUUGCUCUGUCUCAAGAAUCCUCCAAUCUUUCGUCAAGUGUUCAGUCCUCUUUACAGCCUUCCUUUCAGUGAACCUGAUGAGUUCAUUAGUGGAACCAAAUCUCCGGUCUUGAAGGAGAGAAUGUUCCAUUUCUCAUCUGAAACAAUGAGAUCACUGAAAUCAAAGGCGAAUCAAGAUUGCGGAACAACAAAGAUCUUUCUUUUCAGUCGUUAA